GCAAAGCCAGGGGAGCCCUGUCUCAAGUUCUCUCUUUCCGUCUCACGUCCCUGCUCUGCUCUCCGUCUUGCCAGCCGCUGCUUCUGCCUCGUCCUCUGCAGCCAUGGCGGUCGGGAAGAACAAGCGGAUUUCCAAGGGGAAAAAGGGCGGGAAGAAGAAAAUUGUCGAUCCUUUCUCCAAGAAGGACUGGUAUGAUAUCAAGGCACCCAAUAUCUUCACGCAAAAGGCGUUGGGAAAGACUCUUGUGACAAGGACUGCCGGCACCAAGAUUGCCUCCGAUGGUUUGAAGGGCCGUGUGUUUGAGGUCUCCUUGGCUGAUUUGCAAAAUGACGAGGACCAGGCUUUCCGCAAGAUUAAGCUGAGGGCUGAGGACGUGCAGGGCAAGAAUGUUCUCACCAACUUCUGGGGUAUGGAUUUAACAACCGACAAGCUGCGGUCCCUUGUGCGCAAGUGGCAGAGUCUUAUCGAGGCUCAUGUAGAUGUUAAGACCACGGAUAACUACCAGCUUCGCAUUUUCUGCAUUGCAUUCACGAAAAAGAGGCCGAACCAGAUUAAGAAGACUUGCUACGCUCAAAGCAGCCAGAUCCGUCAGAUUAGGCGCAAGAUGAGGGAAAUUAUGACCAAGGAAGCCCAGAGUUGCGACUUAAAGGAGUUGGUUGGCAAGUUUAUUCCCGAAGCCAUUGGAAAGGAAAUUGAAAAGGCAACUCAAGGAAUCUACCCUCUGCAGAAUACAUUCAUCAGAAAAGUGAAGAUUCUGAAGGCUCCAAAGUUCGAUCUGAUGAAGCUCAUGGAGGUUCACGGCGACUACAGCGAGGAAGUCGGUGCCAAGAUCGAGAGGCCUGUCGGAGAUGAUGCCGAGACUGAAGCUGUCACCGAGCCAGUUCCUGGGGCUUAGGCUGGAUUUACAUACUCUGCUCAGUUUUACACAAUGUAAUGAAUCGCUAAUGGCCUCAAUCUGUCUUUUAAUUGUACGAGUGGAUUAGCACCAAAUCUUUUCCGUGUGGAGACGAGUCUGAAUGUUUCAUGUCUUUCACUGAGCUACACAUUGUAUUUAUAGCUUCUGCGAAAGCACUUGAAAGUCCCUGCUCUUCCGUCGAAAUGGCACAACCCAUUGCGCUAGCUGUGUUCUGGCUAGGUAUUUCUCCUUAAGCACAUCCACAAAAUUCUUGUUACUGUGCUGUGUGUGGUUUUCUUAGACCUGUCUCCUUCGUGCAAGAUCAUCGAAGUGGAAUCCAAGUCAGCUGGAAGGCCUAUUGGAGUGUGUAAAAUUGUACUUCCUUCGCAUGUUGUGGCCCACUUCGCCUCAGGGCAGUGACUCUGAGCCACAAUCAUCGAGUGUCAGGGCUUAUGUGUAGCACGAACUUGUCGUAAGAAGGGAUGGGAAAUAAGUGUGAACAGGCGUCCAUGAACUGUUCGGGUUGUGAAGCAGGGGUAAAAGGUUGGAAUCCGGGAGCAUGCUCCUUGGAACCCUUGCGCGAGACCAUUCAAGGUUUUGAAGACCUGAAUUCAUUAUUCAA